AUGCAGUCAAACAACCUAGUCGUCGCAAAGAACUCGCUGCUCCAGAUCUUCGAGCUCAAGGCGACCACCACCGAAGUCACCCCGGGCGGAGGAAACGAGUCGGAGAAUGCCGCGGCCAACCUCGACACAGAGGCGGCCGACGUGCCGUUGCAGCGCACCGAGAGCACGGCCAAGCUGGUGCUGGUGGGCGAGUUCCCCCUCGCCGGCACCGUCAUAUCGCUGGCGCGCGUGAAAGCGCUCAACACAAAGUCAAAGGGCGAGGCGCUGCUGGUGGCGUUUCGGGAUGCAAAGCUCAGUUUGGUGGAGUGGGACCCGGAGACGUACAACCUCCAUACAAUAUCAAUACACUACUAUGAGAACCCAGACUUGCCCGGCAUUGCUCCUUGGUCCGCUGAUCUCAAAGACACGUACAACUUCUUGACGGCAGACCCCAGCAGCAGAUGCGCCGCCCUCAAGUUCGGCACCCACAACCUCGCCAUUCUGCCCUUUCGCCAGCGUGAUCUCGUCGAAGAUGACUAUGAUUCCGAUGCUGAGGCUCCCAAGGAGACCAAGGCCGAGCAGGCGAAUGGCGACCACAAGACGCCGUAUUCCUCCUCCUUCGUCCUCCCACUCACCAACCUCGACCCUACCCUCACACACCCCGUCCACCUCGCCUUUCUGCACGAGUACCGCGAACCUACCUUUGGCAUAGUCGCUGCCUCGCGAGCCACCGCCCCGUCAUUACUCGCCCACCGCAAAGACAUCCUCACCUACUCCGUCUUCACCCUCGAUCUCGAACAAAAGGCCUCCACUACGCUGCUCUCAGUCACCGGACUGCCCUACGACAUCACGAGAGUAGUACCGCUACCCUCUCCCAUUGGCGGUGCUCUGUUGGUAGGAGGAAACGAGAUCAUACACGUCGACCAGGGAGGAAAGACGAAUGGUGUGGCUGUGAAUGAGUUUGCCAAGGCCUGCACAUCAUUCCCGCUCAGCGACCAGUCAGAUCUGGCCCUCCAAUUGGAAGGAUGCCAAGUCGAGCUGUUGUCGCAGGACACGGGCGAUGUGAUGAUUGUGCUCAACAGCGGGCGCAUCCUAAUCCUUACCUUCACCCUCGACGGUCGGACUGUAUCCGGAAUGACUAUUCAGACUGUCUCGGAAGACCAUGGCGGUCAAAUUCUCAAAGCUGCCGCUUCAUGUACGAGUAAUCUCGGCAGAGGACGGCUGUUCGUUGGAAGCGAGGAUGGCGAAUCAGUAAUGCUAGGCUGGACUGGUUCAUCCACUCAACUGCGACGCAAGCAAACGAAUGCCGAUUCGGAUGGCGACGAGGACAUGUCUGACGAGGGGGACAUGGAUGAUAUGGAGGACGAUCUCUACAACGAUACAGCUCCAGCCGUUCAGAAGAUUACGGCAGCUGUGUCCGAGCCCACAGCGCCAGGAACGUACACUUUCAGAAUACACGACGUCUUGCCGAGUAUAGCACCAAUCAAGACCGCCGUCCUCCAUCCUGGCAAGGUUACCGAUUCCUUGAACAAGGGCGAGAUCAUGCUGUCUACGGGUAGAGGGUCGGCUGGAGCCAUCACCGCUCUUGACCGCGAACUUCACCCUGUCAGUAUCGCGACCAAAGAGCUUCCUUCAGCGCAUGGCGUCUGGGCUGUACAUGCUCGAAAGCAAGCCCCGGGAGAUGUCACUGCAGCGUUUGGCGAAGACACUGAAGCCAACAUGGCUACUGAUGUUGACUAUGACCAGUACCUGGUUGUCUCCAAAACCAUUGACGACGGCACUGAGACUACUGUGGUAUACGAGGUCAACGGCAACGAGCUGACUGAAACCGACAAAGGCGAUUUCGAGCGUGAAGAAGGCUCGACUCUUUUUGUGGGUGUGUUGGCCGCUGGCACAAAGGUUGUCCAGGUCAUGCGGACGGAGGUCAGGACGUACGAUUCGGGUAGGCCAGAUCAUCUACAUUAUCCGCCUUCUCAGACUAACUUCGUCAAAUAG